AAAAAAAAAUACCCAACAACAACAGCAAAUGAAACAAACGAAUGUGUUUUGAAGAAGCAGAGGAAGACAACAGGCCGAGUAAACAACAACAACAAAAACAUUGUGAGUAGCAGCAGCAACAACAACAAUAGCACAAACAUCGAUUCCAAUCAACAAAAGUCCAGCGCACGAAUAGUUUACUUAAGGAACUCGAACGGAUAAGACUGAACUUCGUAUUUCGAAAAUAAGCGCGGACGGAUUGCGGUUGAUGGGUGUUUUUGUUUUCUCAUUCCUUCUCAAUUUUUUGUUUUCAAUUCGAAUGCAAUUCUCUUCCAAUUCAAAACGUAACAACGAAAUCAAUACAACAACAACAAAAUAAUCAAUCAAAUACAAAAUACAAAAAAAUAUUGAAAAUUCAAUACAAUGUGAUUCAACAGUGAUUAUCUUUCAGAAUUUCACUUUGUGCCUCCGUGAGCGUGUGUGUGCAUUUGUGUUUGUGUAAAAGCCAAUCUUAAUCACCUUUCCGCAUUCGAUAGAGUUGGCGCAUGAUGCUUAACAGAAAUAUGUGAUUUUUUUGAAAAUAAAAAAAUAAAUCAAUAAAUCUCUACAAAAGUGCAAUUACAGUGUGAUCCAUAGAAAUUUACAAAUACUGAAAAAUAUUUUUGAGAAAAAUAAAAUCUGUGAAAAAAAAUGAAUUUAAAACGACCUCUAAGGCCGUCCAGAAGUAGGCGCGGUUCCAGCAAUUUACAUAAAAUGGAUUUACGGUUUCUACUGCUACUGGGAUUAUGGAUAUCAAACAGCAUCAUUGGAUGUGCAGCAAUGCCACAUCCCAAACCCCAAGAUGCAUCGAAUCGCAUUAGUAAAUCGAAUGACAUGGAUUAUGAACGAAAUUAUGCCGUGGAAUUGGGUGCACCCCUUUUGAUACCUCUGCAGGAUGAAGUCAUACUGGAAGCCAAUACCGAUUUUGUGUUACGCUGUGAAUCGAACGAGGAUAUUGUUUGGAAGCAUCCAUUCGAGUCGGAUGUCGAAGAGAGUACCUACCAGCCAGAUGAUCCCAGCCGUCCAUUUGGUCGUAUUCUAACCCUAAAAAUGGUUUCCUAUUCCUCGGUGGGCAGUUACUAUUGCAUCAAAGAGUCCAGUGUCAAUGUUACACAUUUGCUGUCCAUCGAAGAUGCCACCCUAACCGAUUUGGCCAACAACAAUUUGGCAUCAUCGAUUUAUGUUUUUGUGAAUGAUACCACGAAUUUAUUGGCUCCCAUGCCCUUCCCCGUCAUACAUGUGGUGCAAUUUGAAGAUGCCGUCAUACCAUGUAAACCCUCAAUGCCAGACGUAGAUGUUCUACUAACAAUGCCCAAUGGAAAGACCUUAGCCAGCGAUAGUGGUGUACGCUAUAAUCCACAAUUGGGAUUUGUCAUCGAAGUUCGCAGCAUGGAAGAACAUGGCGAUUACAUUUGCCGGCCCAAAAUACCAUCUCCGGACAAUGAAGCAGAGUCGACCAGCGUCGAAACUAUUCUUGGUAACAAAAUUGUUAAUCCAUUACAACUGGAUAAUGGGUCAAUAACAACGACACAAUCUUCAACUGGAAUAAUGGGUCUAACAAAUUCCAAACAAUUGGAUAAUAACACGAUUACAAAUUUUGAUACAACUCCCACCACAUCUCCCAUUCCGAAUUCCUCAACUAUAACUUCAACAUUAACAACCCGACCGGCGACGAACACUGUACCAACUCGUACCGAGAAAAUGGAAAGACCCACUGUAACAUCGACAUCGAAACAUCACGCGCUGGUGGGUGAAACCUUUCAAUUGGUAUGCGAGAUACGAACAGCUCAUGAUGUUGUUGUGAAAAUAACAUGGAACAUGCCCGAGGGUGUGGAUCCAGAACGCGUCACUCAAGUCAGUCGACCAACCAAUAAAUACACCGUUCAUCACACCUACACUGAGAGCAUUUUGACCAUACGAAAUGCCCAAUUGAGUGAUACGGGCAAAUACACAUGUGACGUCAUGGAUCACAGCAAGCACAAGAACAAGGAUUCCUACGACAUGGUCAUAAUGGAGGAAGGCCAAUCCUACAUAGACAUGCAUGAACAAAACAAUUACUAUGAAAUUGCCUCGACAGCCAACAAGACAAUGCAAAUGGUUGUGCUCUAUAAGGGAUAUCCACAUCCGACAUUGCAAUGGUUCCGACCGGAUGGCACUGAAAUACCACAGGGUGUUUCAUUCAAUGGCAAAUAUAAUGUGACCACAUUGGAUCACAAGUCCACGCUGUACAUCAAGAAUGCAAGCCUGCUGGAUAGUGGCGUAUACGUUGUACGCGCUGCCAAUGGUAAUGUGCGUAAGGAACGUGAAUUCACCGUGACCGUGCAUGAUACUCCAAUGGUUGCCAUAGAUGAUGUCUAUGUGCAUGAGGGUGAAAAGGCGCAUGUUCAGUGUCGCGUAAAGUCACAUGUGAAGGCUAUAGUCACAUGGGUGUUCCAGCCGUGUAGUAUUGAACCCAGAUGGCCAUCGUGUGAUAAGAAGCUGAUACAAGAUUUUAAUGAAACUAGCUCUCGCAAUGGUGAUACCUUUAUCGAUUUUGUUUACAACAUGUAUUUUGUGCCCCCUUCACCCGGAAUCGUUUACUGUACAGCUGCCAAUGCUAUCGAUAAAGUGGUACAUCGCGGCAAUGCCAAAGCCCAUGUUCUUGUGCGUGAUAUAGAGGAAAAUAUGACAAUUUAUGGUAUUAAUGAUACCGAUAUUAUUGCCCGGGGUGAUGAGGUGACCAUCACCUGUGCUGCGGUGGCCUAUUACUUUAGCGAUAAUAUCCAGUGGUUCGAUAGCAAAAGGGAACCAAUCAAGGAAUCUAAUGACAUAAAAAUAAACCGAUCAAAGAGUAACUACUCCUACAAAUCAUCACUGACAUUCAAAAAGAUCAAAGACGAAGAUCAGGGUAUCUAUGAGUGCGGAGCCGCCCACAUAAAUGAUAGCAAGAUAGAGUAUAGGAUAAUAAAUCUCAUAGCUCAUGAACCCUCUUCGCCACAAAUGACCUAUACCAAUUUGGGUAACAACAUCAAAUUGGAACGCAAAUUGGGUGAAUCGCUUGAGCUGAGAUGUGAAUCGCAUGCCAUACCCAAGGCCACUGUAACAUGGUAUAAGGAUGAUGUGGAACUAGUAAAUAUUUCCAGUGAAUAUGUGGGUCACAUGGUUAUACCCUACUUGAAGCCCGAUGAUCAGGGUCAAUAUAAAUGCGUGGUGGCAAAUCGUUUGGGUGUCGUUGAACAGACGGUCAAUGUUAAAAUUACCAAUAUUCCGGGCCUUACAUUGGGUUGGAUCUGCGGCAUUGUUCUGCUGCUUCUAAUUCUUAUUGGCUUGGUAAUCUAUCUGUAUAUACGCGUCAAGAGGGAACGCAAACUUUUGCGUGAACUCAAAGCUGCUGGUUUGGCCAAUUUCGAGGAAGGUGCCCUGGAACAUAUUAAUCCGGCUCUUACACUGGACGAACAAGCCGAUUUGUUGCCUUACGAUCGUUGCUUUGAAUUUCCCCGGGAUAAAUUGAAAUUGGGCAAACAAUUGGGUGCCGGAGCCUUUGGCGUUGUUCUCAAAGCCCAUGCAGAGGGCAUACGCCCUGAGGAGAAAGAAACUGUGGUGGCUGUGAAAAUGGUUAAACGUAAUGCCAACAAUGAGGUAAUGCGUGCCCUGGUCUCAGAAUUGAAAAUAAUGGUGCAUUUGGGUCAACAUUUAAAUGUCGUCAAUCUAUUGGGCGCCGUCACCAAAAACAUUGCCAAACGUGAACUUAUGGUCAUUGUGGAAUUUUGUCGCUACGGUAAUGUCCAGAAUUUCUUGAUGCGUAACCGCAAACGUUUUAUCAAUCAAAUUAAUCCACACACGGGCAAAAUCGAUGCCAACAUCACCACACAACGAUUUUCCGAUAAUUUCGAAUUGGAUCGUUCUGGCCUCAAAUAUGUUAAUUUAUCCUUCUCAAAUCAUCAAUAUAUCAAUCACGUCAAUAAUAUGAACAAUAUGAACAACUAUUAUUCCUCAAAUAAUCGCAGAGAAACGGAUAAUGAUCCUCGUUCGGGUACACGAGCUGGUCGUCCUGGUUCCACAGGUUAUAUAUCCAAAUCGGAAUUGUACGAGGGUCAAAUCAACACAUGCGGUACUGAGAAUACAGUUAUGACCACGGUGCCAGAAGGAGUUGUUGUUGUAAAGGAAGAAGAAGAUGAAGAUAAUAUUAUGUCCAACAAUUCCGUACAACCCGCAUGGCGUUCCAAUUACAAAUCCGAUUCAACGGAGGCCAUGUCAAUUACCACCAUGGAUCUUAUAAGCUGGUCCUAUCAGGUUGCCUGUGGCAUGGAAUAUCUUUCAUCGAAGAAGGUGUUGCACGGUGACUUGGCAGCACGUAAUAUUUUACUGUGCGAAGAUAACAUUAUCAAGAUUUGUGAUUUCGGUUUGGCCCGUUCGAUGUACAAGAGUGACAACUACAAGAAACAGGGUGAUGCUCCAUUGCCCAUCAAAUGGUUGGCGCUGGAGUCUCUGAGUGAUCACAUAUUUAGCACCUACACUGAUGUCUGGUCAUUCGGCAUUGUUUUGUGGGAAUUGUUUUCAUUGGCUAAGGUGCCAUAUCCAGAAAUCGAUGCCAAUCAAAGUUUAUAUUUGAAACUCAAAGAUGGCUAUCGCAUGGACAAGCCACCCUAUGCCAAUGAUGACUUGUAUGAGAUUAUGUUGGAGUGUUGGCGUACAAAUCCCGAAUCAAGACCAUUGUUUAAUGUGCUGAAAGAGAGAUUUGGUCAGAUGCUGGGCGAAGAGGUUGCAAGUCAUUACAUGGACUUGAAUGAACCCUACUUAAGAGUAAAUACAGAAUAUAUGAAGAGAAAUCAAACGGAUUAUUUGGCUUUAAUGGGUUCACCGGACGAAAUGGCGCCGCCUCCGCCAAGAUAUGUCAAUGGUCAUAUACUACCGGAAAUUCGCAUUGAUUUGUCCUCUGACGAUUACUUACAAAUGAGCCCCAAUGGUGGCUCAGUAAUUUUCUCACCAACUCGUCCCAAAGACUCACCCCCAAUAUGUACCGAAGAUAAUGCCGAUCAUCCACCCACAAUCUCAACUACUUCCUUUAACUUCCCAGAUAAUGCAGCCGAACAACAUUCCCCCACAUUAGCCAACAAUUUGGAUAGUCCGAAUAAUAGCAAGCCACCGCGUGUUAAGAAGGAUGGCAUUGAUCCCCUGCCCGAAGAAAUACCCAUGCUGGACGCAGUCAAUCAUCACGAAGAUAGUCCGGAUCAACCGCGUAAAUAUGCUCAAAUGUUGCAGCAACAAACGAAAAAUAUGCCCACACCAUCACCCCGCCAUCACAUAAAGGAGACGAAAUUGAAUGGUGGCGGCGGAGGUGAGGAUGCAGAGAAUUACAUAAAUCUUAAAUCGCCCAAGAAAACCAUUAACAAUAACGGCGCCAAGCAUCCUGAGGCGUUUUCAAAUCCCAGCUAUCAGAUACUCAAGCCGGGCACCGAUAACAUAGAUGUCAAAUAAAGGAUGAUAUUGUGAUUUGUCAAACAAAUUGCUGGAGAGAAGAGCGUAAGAGAGAUACGUCCGCGCCUUUGCCUCAUUAGGUAUCAUGUUAUUUAUUUUCUUAUAUGUCCUCCAAACGUCUUUGCGCUAUCAAGUCCCUAGAUUAAAUAAUCGUAAUAUAUUUUAGAACUACUUGCUGUCUUUUCUAUUGUCAAUUUACUCAAACGCUUUGUCUCGCCUGUCUGCAACUCUGUGACGUAAAGGUUAAGUAGAGUUCAAAAAAAAGUUAUUUUAUUCCUCCAAGGUUACGAGGAGAGUUACUUGGAACUCUCUCUCACACACACUGUGAGACCGAAAUACGCAUAAAUGCAACUUCAUCUUUAGUUUUUUUCAAUCUGAUAUAAGUUUUGCUAACAUUCUCUAAAGCUUGACUUCUGCAUUUAAACUUAACAAAACAUUGUUAUUUAUUAGAAUUGUUUUUUAUAAAUUAUUUUUGCUACUAUUAUAUGAAGAAAACCUCUGCAUUUGUAAAGGUGACAAUACAUAUAAACGCUUUUUUCAUUGGCUUAAGUCAUCGGCUGGCUUCUUCGUAGAGGAACAAAGGAGAUUUAGGUUAACUUAGUUCGAUUUUAGCCCUACGCUUCUUUGUUGGCUUCCGAAGAAGCAAGUCUAUGACUUAAGCCAGUCAAAAAAGUGUGAUAUGCAUUAUCACCUUAAAAUUGCUAUUCGGUCGAUAUUUUGAGAAUCGAUUUUCCAAAACAUCAGUUUAACACUUUUCCCAAAUUCAUUGGAAGUAAAUUAGAUUUUUUU